AUGGCGCCCAAGAGGAAGAAGAGCCAUGGAGAUGGCAAGGUGGAAUCGCAGGACGACUCGGCAGCAAAUCCGGGCGACACGUCGACAUCCGACUUCGCCAAGACGGUCUACCUCGUGGCGGAGCACGAGGGGGAGAAGACGGCCUACACCGUUUUCAAGGUCGACGCCGCCGCCGCCGCCGGUGGGACCAAGCCGCCGCGGGUCCACACCGUGGCCGGGAUACCCAACACAGCGCGCGGCAUGUCCUUCGUCUCCGUACACUCGAAGCACGGCUCCUGGAUCGUCGGCGUUGGGGGCGGGCUACGAGCGGGGACCAUCAUCUUCGACCCGAGCACGCUCAAGAUGUUCCAGGGCCCGCGGUUCCUGCACCCCAACAGCGACCCCGUCCUCCUCUCCCUCGCCGGCGAGGUGUACGCCCUCUCGCUCCGACCUCGGGUGGUGCCCGUGCCCGACAUCGAUUUCGAGCCGUGGUUCCAAUCUCUCAGCUUCAACAACGAGGUCCCCAUCGGCGGCGGCGUGGGUCGGACCUACUGGUUCACGUCCUAUGCUGCCGUGGGCUCCUCCCACAUCCUGCUUUCUGGCGUUUCUGCACAACAAGCACAACAAGAAGAACCGAUUGUUUUGGGUACCUAUGCUUUUCAUGUGGUGAACAAGACGUGGGAGAAGGUCCACGCUGAAAAUCUGCCGUUUGCUGGCCAGGCAAUGCCCCUUGGCGGUGGCGGCAACCUCUUCGUCGCCUGCCCCAUAUCGAAGGAGAACAAUGGUGCCACAGCUGUGUCUGCCUCGCUGUUCCACAUCUCUAUCAAGGAGGCAUCCUCGUCCACCCCCAUGUCGCCUCCCUCAUUGUUGAUCAAAGAGUUCCCGAUGCCGUCUCCCUCAUUAUCAAUCCAAGAGUUCCCAGUGAAGGCAUCAGAGGGCAGGAUCUUCAAGCCACUCUUCUGCCCCUUGGGAAAGGGAAGUUUCUGUUCGAUCAUGCUGGGAUCCUCUCUUCGAAGUCGCGGAAAACCCAACUGCCCGAAGGAAGACCAGGUUAUCUUGAGCGCCUUUCAGUUUGAGAACAUUGACGCUAUCUUGAACGCAUGUCAAUCUGCGGGCACAGAUGCUAAGAACCUGCAAGUCCCGUACAAGUGA